AUGAGGUUUAUGUUUUUGGUGGUGGUACUUGUGGUGUUGGAAGCCGCGGAUCGUGGGAGCACGCUGAGAUACAAACAGGCAGCAGAAAUGAUAGAACCAAACAUCGAAGUUGACAUUCAUAAUAGUAAGGAUGAUACUGAGCCGGUGCUUGCCUUUGUGAUGUUCCGACAUGGGGAUAGAACACCAGAUGAAGAAGAAUUGGACAAGUAUCCAUCUAAAGAGAAAAAUGACGCUCUGUUCUUUCCUUUUGGAAAGAAAGCAUUAACAAAUAAAGGUAAGCAGCGGGGCUACAAGGUCGGGCAGUACUUAAGGAAGCGUUACAAUAAUUUAAUUUCACGACUUUACCUUCCUGAUGAGAUAAAUGUACGCACUACGGACUUCGAUCGCACAAAAAUGACAGCUUUGACGGCAAUGGCAGCCUUAUAUCCACCACUUCCCCCUCAAAGGUGGAAUCCUGCACUAGAUUGGCAACCAGUCCCUUACGAUACACUUCAAUAUGAGAGCGAUGAUCUUUUAUAUUGGUAUAAUUGUCCCCCGUACACGAAAAUGAGGAAUAGCAUAUAUGAGUUACCGGAGGUCAAAAAAUGGCUGGAACCGUACGCAAGUUUGUUCACUUACUUGAGCGAUAAAACCGGUACAAACAUCACUACUCCUGAGGACGUUUUCUUCUUAGAUAAUUUGUUUCAAACUUUAGAAAAUGUUGGAGUAAAUCCACCUAAAUGGGCACAAGAUGUAAUGCCUAGAAUAAAAGAAAUGACAAAAAUUGAAUACGCUAUCGAAUUUUACGAUAACGAUUUAACGCGACUUGCAUCAGGAGUGCUUCUAGCAGAUAUUGUAAACGCGUCAAGUAUGGCGAUUGCUGGUAACUUGGACCAACCUAAGUUACGAUUAUACUCGGCUCACGAAAAUAAUGUGGCUGGCUUAAUGGCCGCCGCGCGGGUAUUCCAACCACAUCAACCGAAAUAUGGAUCAACUAUUUCAAUAGAAUUGAGGAAGCGAAAGCAAACAGGCCAAUAUGGCUUUAUGGCAGUAUAUUCAGCGAAGGCUGGUGGACCGGGCGUUGUACUACCAAUAGCUGGCUGUGGGGAUACAUCAUUCUGCGAUUUCGACACAUUCGUCGAUCUCACAAAGGACGUCAUGUUAUCGAAAGAAAAUUUUGACAAGAAAUGUUCUACAUGA